GCCCCGCUGCCCUAUGCCAACAGGGGCCGGUCCGGCUGGUGUCGUCCAUUCUCAAAUCUCUUGGAGCUGUCAACCGUUAUUCGUGACGUUGGAGUGCGACAACUGUCUUUGAUUGGACGGGAAUGACGGAGAGAAUCAUGAGGCUGGACGGGUCAACUGACGAAGAAGUCGGGGUAGCUGCUGGCACGAUCCAGGCAAUCUCAAAGCCUGGGUUGUGGAACUCUACUGGCUUGGUAUUGUACCCUCUCUAUGAGCGACACAGGAAAGCCAAGGUGGCUCUCUUCAGAUCUGUGGCCUAUAAGACUGCAGGCAGCAACUCGGAUCCAAAAGGGAAAAUGCAGGCAAUACUUAGACGGGAUGGCUUCGCGGCACGCCAUCGCUAUCACCCGGCCCGAGCUCGGAGCUUCCACAUCUUUCACAUCACCUUUCGUGGACAUGGUCGAGGGUGCCGCAGCGCCGCUGCACUGGUCAGACAAAGAUCCCAAGUAUCUACACUAUCGCAAUGCCCGGGGUUUGCAGGACCAAAAGUCAGGCGCAUAGGUACUUACGGAUGUAGUUUGGUCGGGUCUUCCUAGCCCUCACGUUUGUGCGCUCUACACUCCAGCCGCUCCCGGGCCCGUGCCUCGAGACACCAUCACCGCUUAUGAGUUUCUCGCACUGAUCU